AUGACAGAGAUUCCAACUGCUGCUAGCCAGUCCUCCUUCAUGAAGGAAAACUCUUUGUCCUUGUUUUUACUGCUUUGGCACCCUCCCCAGCAGACUGUCCAAGCCAUUCAGCCUCUCUUGGAGUGGAGAAAUUACUAUGGUGGAAACUGGGCCAGCUUUAGUUUUUCAGGAUUAUUGUCCUGGAUUAAAGAAAAUCAGUUGCUUUACUCCCGGGGCCUGUUAAUUGACCUCCUCAUUAAGUCCAAGGUGAGCAGAUAUGCUGAGUUCAAAAACGCCACACGAGUUCUCGCCUUCCAAGAAGGGAAAGUAGAACAGGUGCCUUGUUCUAGAGCAGAUGUCUUCAACAGCAGACAGCUCACCAUGGUGGAGAAGAGAAUGCUCAUGAAAUUUCUGACAUUUUGUUUGGACUAUGAACAACACCCCGAGGAAUACCAAGACUACGAGAACACCAUGUUUGCUCAGUUCCUGCAGACACGGAAGCUGACCCUCAUCUUGCAGCACUUCAUCCUUCACUCCACUGCAAUGGGGUCAGAGACUGCAGCACUGCAAGGUCUUCAGGCAACAAGAAAAUUCCUGCAGUGCCUUGGCCGCUAUGCCAACACCCCAUUUUUGUUCCCUCUGUAUGGGCAAGGAGAGAUCCCACAGUGCUUCUGCAGGCUGUGUGCUGUGUUUGGGGGGAUCUACUGCCUUCAUCACACUGUGCGCUGCCUGGUGCUGGACAGAGCCUCAGGAUGGGGGACAAAGCUUAUAGUUGGUAGCAACUUCCAAAUCCCACUCUGUGCAGUGAUCUCCAGGGCAGUACUCAUUACAGAUCAGUCUGUAUUGAACACAGACUCAGAGCAGCAGGUUUCCAUUCUGACAGUGCCUCCCCUGGAACUGGGCAGAGCAGCAGUUUGUGUCACUGAGUUGUGCUCCUCCACCAUGACAUGCAUGAAGGACACCUAUUUAGUCCAUCUAACCUGUCCAUCAACUGAAACUGCAAGGGAAAAUUUAGAGCCUACUGUACAGAAGUUAUUCAAUCUAAAUACAGAAAAAGAGACUGAAAAUUAAGAACUGGAGAAACCCAGAGUCCUCUGGGCAGUCUACUUCAACAUGAGAGAUUCUUCAGGAGUUGAGAAGAGUUCCUAUGGUGGCUUACCCUCCAACAUUUAUGUCUGCUCUGGGCCAGACUCUGCUUUAGGAAAUGACUGUGCUGUCAAACAGGCUGAGACUAUUUUCAGAGAAAUGUUUCCAACAGAGGAAUUUUGCCCACCACCACCGAAUCCAGAAAAUAUUUAUGAUGAAGACGAGAUUGAGCCAGAAGAGUCUGGAUUGAAUUAUUCACCAGAGACAAAGCCUGAACCCUCAGCUGAGGAGAGCAGUAGUGGAGGUGGUGCUGCCGUUACAAAGGAAGAAUGAAUGAAUGAACGGUUUUCUCUUAGGAGAAGAGGAGGUUGACCCAAACUAGGACAUAAGGGAGUAACGGUAAGACAAAGAGGUUUAAACCCUCCAGAGAUAUGUUAUUUACCAUUGCCUUACUUAGCUUGGAUCAUCUUUUUAAAGUACUUUAAUUGAUAGCUAAGGCACUUUUAAAGAGUCCACCAGAUCCAGUGGGGUUUAUAGCUAAACAAAAAAAUACAGAAUUAAGCAUCUGAAUUGAAAGCACUAAAAUAGGAUUCAUGAUUUAUUGAGAUGAUUUGGUUUUGUUUUACAUCUUGGAAAGAAUCUUCCAUCUUUUAAGGAGGCAACAAGUCAAAACUAAGCAAAAGAAAUAAGUGCAAGUUUGUUUACCAGUUAGAAGAUGAUUUCUACUAAAAAACCUUGGCUCUCUGCUAAUUAAACAGCUGAAGGUGAGGCUCACCAUCUGUCCUUCACAGUGGUCUUAUGAAUGGAAUUUAAAGGCAAUAAUAUUGACAGUUCUGGAGUGGCUUUAUUGUAUGGUUUUGAAACUGAUGCCAUAAUCAAGUAGGGAAUAUAAUCCAGAUGUUCCUCACAUGGAACUAUUUUACAUUUGAUUUUUUUAGUAAGACCUAACAGAUGACACAUUUUCACUACUGACUUCAUUUACUGGAGUCAGGAAAAUGGCAGAAUUUAAACUUAAUGCCAGAUUUCCCAGCAAAAUUCAAAGUCAUAAAUGAGGCAUUCCUGUUAUUAGUUUCCCUGGAUUUGUUGCACUGUUUGGGCCUUUAGGAAGCCAAUAGUUACUUUUUGAAGUUUGGGAUCUGAGAAGUUUAAAUGAUCAUCAACUGAGGGGGUUUGUGGUGGAGAGAAAGUUCAACUGAUAGUUCCAAAGGUUUAUAUUGAUCCCAGUUAAUAGGAUUAAAAUUAGUGUGAUAGCUGUAAACUAUGCAUUUUGUAACGAUAAAUCAUGAAGCAUUUAUACAAUAAAAUUCAUUGAACUAUUUAUAAACCUAGUUUGUAUGAAAACACUACAAAAUGAAAAAGCUGUUGUAAACGACCAUGUUAAAUUUGCACUUCUUCUGAACCAUGCUUGAAAUCAGAUAUGAAAAGUAUUUAUCAUGUACUUAAAGAUUUACUUUGAAAUGCACACCCAGUAGAUCAAUAGUAUCUCUGGAGUUGAUGAGUUGGGGUUUAAACUUCUUCAUGAAGGUAGAGCCAGUUCCAGCAGUGCUUAAAUACUGUAAGUAAAUAAAAAAUGCCAUUGAGUCAUGAACAUUGAGCUCUGCCUGGCUGUGCCACAGCCAGGCUUCUGUACAGUCCCAUGGUGUCCAUGCCUGCCCUGAACCCAGCUCCAGGCCAGAAAGGGGAAUUUAUUUAUUUUUUUACAGCAUAACUGAUACUGUUCUCUUUGUCCUGCAUCAUGUCCACUCUCCAGUUUGCAUUUCAGGGUUAGUGUUUGCACUCUUUGUUGGAUAUGUACGGGUACGUGUGUGUCUGUGUGUGCAUAAUUCCAAAGUUCUCAGAAAAACACGUGCCUAGAAUGUUCCCAAUGUUCAACAGCUGUAACCUCUGGAUGCUUGUGAUUGAGCAGUUAUUUAUAAAUAUAUAGAUAUAUAUUAAUAAGCAGGCUCCCUCUUCAUUUAGCUAUAAUUUCUCUGUGUAUUGGGAAGCAUGAGUGUAUGGUGAUUUUAUUUAACACCUGCAGAUCUGUAAAAGAACUAAGUGGAGGGACCUAUCCCUGUGUCUCUCAAAAACAGGGAUCAUAAUUGAAUCUCUCAUCUAUGUUUACAAGGAAAUUGCUCAAUGAAAAUUAAA